AUGGCCCCUCCUCUAGAGUUUCGACGCAACCUUUUGGUGGUGCCAUGUCUCCUCCUCGCCCUCUCACUCUGCGCCACCACGCCUCUCGCUACCACGUCCCAAUCCGCCCGUUCUCGUGCGCCCUCGCCCGUCGCCACGUGGCGCGCAGUGCGCGAGGUGCUGCCGCCGGCCGGGGGGCGCUGGCAAGCGCCGUGGAUGGGGGGAGGCGGAGGCGGAGGCGGAAGCGGCGCGGCGGUGCACGGGCUGGGUCACCGCGCGCUGAGAGAGGGCAUAGAGCGGCAGUCCGCACAUUACCACGUCGACGCGUCGCACAGAGCACGCCGCCGCCUGCUCGCCGCGCACGCGCCCGCAGCCUCGGCAGCUGCGUCCGCUGUUCCGGGGGUUGGUAGUCCCGCGCGCCGCAGGCUGGGCGGAGGCGGAAGCAGCACAAAGGGCGCGGAGAAGGCUGAGAAGACGGAGAAGGCGGAGAAGAGCGGCAGCGCGAAGGACGUGGGGAAGUCGGCGCGCGACCCCAGCAGCAGCAGCGGCGGGGGGGCGGGCGCAAAGGGCGCGGGGGCUGCGGGGAGCGCGGCGCUGCAGGUGCCGGUGGGCGCGGGGAACGGCACGUCCGUGGUGCCGUACGGCAUGUGGGGGCUCGCGCUGCCCACCGGGUCGUACUACCUGAACAUAACGGUGGGCACGCCGGGGCAGGAGGUGGCGGUGGUGAUGGACACGGGCAGCAGCCUCAUGUGGCUGCCCUGCGACUGCAUCGACUGCGCUGCUGAUGACUCACUCGCUGUGCAUUCCGUCUGUUUCUCUGCCAUGUCUCCCUGCCAUGCGCCACGCGCCAUGCACCCUUGCCUCACUCUCACUCACCUCUCCACCACCACUCACCCUCAUUUCCCUUCCCCGCCCCUCAUGCAUCCUCACGCCUCCCAUGCAUCCUCUAAACUAUGCGUGCAUCGCCCCCAGGCGACAGCGUACGACUCGUCCAAGUCACCCGGGGCCACAGUGCUGCCCUGCAGCAGCCCCCUCUGCCUCGCCGAUUACACCUUCACCACCGCUCACCCCUCUCUCCCACUCCCGUCCCCCUCUCCCCCCUGUGCCCCCCCUUCCCCUGUGCGUCCCCCUCCCCCCGUGCGUCCCCCUCCCCCCGUGCGUCCCCCUCCCCCCGUGCGUCCCGCUCCCCACGUGCGCUUCCGCCUCCCCCAUGUGCCCCUCCCUCCCUCCCCCCAGGCGGCAGCGUACGACUCGUCCAAGUCACCCAACUCGUCUGUGGUGCCCUGCAGCAGCCCCCUCUGCCUCGCCGACUACACCUUCGGCUGCAACCGCUUCGACGCCCCCCCCGCCCCGCCCCCAGCGCCCUCCUCCGGGGGCCUGCUGGGGGGCCUCCUGGGCGGGGGCGCGGAGGCGGGGAGCGCGGGGGAGGGCGGGGCGGAGGGCGCGGAUGGGGAGUGCGAGUUUGUGUACUCGUAUGCGGACAACAGCAGCACGAGCGGGCGCGUCAUGAUCGACACGCUCGACCUGCCCACUGUGGCCGAUGGCAUGGUCAAGGACAAAAUGCUCUUUGGGUGCGGGCAGUACCAGGCGGGCAACCUGGCCAAGUCGAGCUACAUCUACGGGCUGAUGGGCAUGGGAGUGGGGCCCAUCUCGCCGCUCACGCAGCUGUACACGGCGGGGCACGUGCCCUUCGCCUUCUCCUUCUGCUUCGACUCCGCCAACGACACGGGCUCGCACCUUGUCUUGGGUCGCACGCCACCGCCCCCUGCUCUGCGCUCCACCACCCUCCUGCCCAACGACCGCCCGUUCUACUUCAUAGACGUGGUGCGCAUGAGCGUGGAGGGCGCCACGCUGCCCGGCAGUGAGAACCUCGCGCCCACCAACGCCACGCAGGCCGCGCAGGGAGCGGGGGGGAGCACGGGGGGCGCAGAGAGCAGGGGCGGGGUGAUCGUGGACUCGGGCACCACGCUCACCAUCCUGCCCUCCGACCUCUACGCCUCCGUGCUGCAGACUGUGUUUGCAGGGCAGGAGGUGUUCUUUGUGCCCGAGCUCAACCUCGACUGCAUUGUACUCGGGUUCUUGUGA